AGGGACACAGGUCUCAGCACCGGAGUCCGUACGAAACAAGGAGUAACAUUAAGUUUGUCAAGAUACCACCGGUCACAACGGAAAGCGCGUUUGCUGGCGGGACUUUACCGCUGAGGCGUCGGAUGGAUGAUGAGGAGGAGGACAUGUCACGGCCCAUCUCACAGCCCUGGGGAACGCCCUUUAGGGACGUCAAAUACGAAGACCGAGCCACGCAGAUCGCAGCCGGACAAGCCCUCGCUGGGGUCACUGCUGCCGUGCCCACAUCGCAGAGCCACAACAACAACAACAGCAUCAACACGCUGCCCUGCAGCUUGCACCGGCAGCCUCGCAUACCCUUUCACAGCAACGCUGGAUUACGCUCACAUUUCCCCGCUCAGUUUGAGCCCAUGGAGGACCGGGGAGAGAGGCAAAUUGAAGAGGAAGAGGAGGAGGGGAGAAGGGAGGAAGAUGACAGGAUGGCAGAGAGGCCCGAGGAGCAGGCAGGGGUGAGCGUCGAGGCGCAAAUUGGCCAAAAACUUCGGGAGAUCGGAGACAAGUUCCACCAGGAUCACGUUGAACUGUUCAUGAGGCACCAGAGACUAAACCUGCCUGCCUGGAUGCGCCUUACGAUGGCCCUGUUUGGCUUUCUGUUUCCAAGACAGGCUGCCAUCCCCCGCCUGAGAGGAGAGCAGAGAUGAAGGGACGUCCUGCUGGUCCUUGCCUCAGCCCUUGUCCUCCUCUCCCUCAUAUAGACAAGGGACCAGACUUUCAGAGAUGGCACUGUAAGAUGAAACACGGGUUUGGAUUCUGUUUUCUAAUUGAAUAUGAAGAUGCGAUGAAGAAAAACACUGGUCACCGCUGGACGGAGACAGAAACAAUUUUUCCUUUUUUUUCUUCUUUUUUUUCCUUUUUUUGUCCGCCUCUCCAAGAAGAAGCCAUUGUGUUGAAGAGAUAUUUUCGAAAUAUUUGUAAGAUUGCCUAUUUUGUACAGUAGACUGCUCUUUGUAUUUGGUAUUUCAAGUCUUGAAGGACCUCCAUCAGUCCAGGGAAUGCCUUAUUCUCUCCUGCCACAGUACUACUCUUUUGCAUCAAGGAAAUCAUAAGAAAGAGAUUUAAGAUCAGGCGACGUUUUUCGGCGACAAACUGUGGAUAUGGACAUUUAUGUGCUGAAGUUACUGACUUAAAUCAUUGAGGAUUCGAGGCACAUUUCUAAUUUAUUCUCAGAAAAACAAUAAGCCCUGUACUUACCCUUCACUGUUCCACACUGGCUAAUUUAAUAAUGGUUGUCACGACAUUGUGGCAGUGUUGCACACCUGUGCUGCAGAGACAUUACAUCAACCUGUGUCUUUUUACUGGCGUCUGCCAUCUGCAUCUCCACCUCCAGCACUCAUUUAGUUAGAAGUGGCCUAGUAACAACACUGUGUAGAUUCCGAUCUUGUUGAUUUAAAGGAUAAAUGCAUGCAUACUUUUAGAUGUACCGCAGAUAUUUUAGUCAAGUGACUUCAAGACACGACAUCGUAAUUGUGAUUGCUCUUUCAAUUCAUGAUCAUGUGUUUGUUGGAGUGUGUUUACUGUUUCCAAAAUCUGCUGUAAUUUUGAAACCAAAUAAGCACAAUCAAAGUCAAACAGGUCUCACUUGUGGGAUUACAAUCAGGGAACUGGAAACAAUCAGACAGCUGAAAAUAUUUGGAGUGUCACUUUUUAAAGAUUUUCAGAAAUUUGACAAUCACAAAUUUGCCCUUUGCUGCAUUGUGGGUCGCCUGUGGGAGAGAUGAAAUUAGGGUUAGCAAUAUACAAGCCAGUAGAAGGAAUAACAAUCUUACGGAUCAGUUGCAUUUGCAGUCAAACUUACAUCUGUUGAAGGACAUUUCCCAAAACAUGGUUUUGUUCUUAAUGAAAUACACAUCUUAACAAAUAUUUCUACCACUUUGUUACAGACACACAUAAAGUUAAAGUUACAGAGAUGCAUUUUUAUUUUAUUUCACUCCAGGUGUAUCUAAAUGUAUGAAAUAUCUCAACUCAACCUCUCAUACAAGUGCUUUCUUUCACCAAAUGGCCAGUGCUUCACUGACAACUUAGUAAGAACAGCUUUUGUACAGUUCAGACACCGUUUUUAUCAACACGGACACAUCGGAGCAGAUAUUUUAUACACCCUCACGUGACAACUGCCACGUGUGUUCAGAAAUUUGCAACAACACAGCCACUGUCAAUCUUUAGUGAGUGAGAAUAAGAAUUUCUCAGUACAUGUAUUAUUUCAGUCUGUUGUAGAUUCAUGAACUUUUGAUGCCACUGAUGGGUUUUAUUCAUAAACAUGUUGGUUAUGUGAUGGUUUUUAUUGCUGCCUUUGUUGACGGAGUGAGGACUCCAUGUAGGACUUCAUUCAUGCUGUCAGUCUUUGAUUGACAUAUUAGACAACGCUGAAAAGGCAAAAAUGUUUCAUUAGACUGUUUCCAUUUUCCAAAGCAUCUUUUACUCAUCAUCGACGUGGAAGUGUGUUCCCGAUUGUCAGGUGGGUUUUUGGGUUUUUUUUCUUUACAUGAGUCUCGGAACCAAAUGUUUGUUUCCUGCAAACACUCAACGCUGAGCCAAUUCAGAUUAUUGUGACACACUCACUGGUCUUCAGUCCAAAGCCUCUCACUCUCUUUCACCCAACAUCAUGUUUAACUACUCCCUGCCCUUGCUGAGAACAAGUUUAAUUUUGUUUGGUUUCUUUGAGAUAAUUUAUUCUAAUUUAUUUUUGUGUAUAUUUGCUCAGUGCUACUGUAUAGAUUGUUAUCUCAGUGUGUGCAGUCCUUUUUCUUCUCAUUGUUGAUGUGCAUUCAGUUGUGUGUUUGAUGCCUGUGUGUGGGGAGGUUGGACUAAAGCCAUGUGCCUCGUGCAUACUUGCACGGUGUGAGUCUUUAUGAAUCACAUGAACAACAGACAAUCAAAUGUACAAAAUGUGCCUUGUGAGUAACAGACCUGCCACAUCAUCAUCAACACUUGGCAUAAUUACCCAAAGUCACUGGUAACAGCUUUUGUUUCAAUUGGGCUCUGUGAGAUCAACAGAUACAAUAGUGUCGGCACAAACAGUACAGCGUGUUCGUUGUGCCUUGAGACAAAAAAAAAGAAA